AUGUCUCCUUACCACCAGCACUAUGCCAACGACGGCAGUCUCGAGCAGUAUGCGACGAACUUUCAGGGUGGCAUUUUGGAGGCCCAUGCCAACGCUUUCGACCAUUAUGCCCCACAACACCAGCUGCCGCGCCAAAGGAACCACGGCCAUGCCGCUGUCCUGCCGCCGCACCAAAGCUCGUACCCGGUUCAUGAUCCCGGUGCCGCUUCUCACCAUCGCUCGGCCCGACCUGUCGUCGUCGCCCACCGCGACCACCACCAUCCCCACUCCACCGUCAUCAACCCCGAUGCGUCCACAUACAACGCCUACCCUGCGGUCCCGCAAACCACCAGCCACCACCGCAAGUCGACCUCCACCUCCACCUCCACCGCCACGGUGAACCACCACAUCGGCCUCCCCUCCCCACCUUCCUCCGCCGGCCACCCUUCUCCUGAGCAACCGCGCCACGCAAGCCUUCCUUACGUCUGCUGCGGCCGGUCGUACGGCUCCAAGUACACCUUCACGCGGCACCGGCGCGAGAGCCGGACGUGUCCGCACGGCAGCGGCGGCCGCCGUUUCGUGUGCUACAUCUGCGCCAACACGGACCAGCCGUUCAGCCGGCGCGCGUCGCUGAAGCAGCACGUCCAGGAGGUGCACCGCCGGUCGCCGGAGGAGGCGAAUGUGGAGGUCGAUACUUGGUACGGGCGGUAUGGCGACGAGAAGGAUUAUCCGGAUGCGAUGAGGGGGUUGGAGUAG